GUCGCUCAAACUAACGAUAGUAAAAGUGAAUAUUGCUCUUGCUCUUACUCCAAUUGAUGAGCCAAAGAGAAAGCUCGACACACUACAAUACCUGGUGAUCUCGACACCUAUAAAUAUACAACAUCACCAUCGCACAAUUUUCAGUUGGUACGCGCAUCUGCGGGUGAUCGGUUAUACAUUUACACGGAUUGGUAUCAGGAACUGAUUACGUACUUAGAGUUUUGUUAAAAAAAAAGUGAACAAGAGUGGAUCAAACGAGCAAAGAUAUUACUGCAUCGAUGGUGAUGACCUCUUAAAGAAAAUGCUUUCGCAAAAAAUACUUCCAAUCAAUAAUGUAAUCAAGGUCGUACAUGAGGAUAAGUUUAACGCUACCUGGAAACGAUUUAUUAUUGUUGAUAAUAAAGUGAAGAAUGUUAUGAGAGUUAAUAAUAAAUAUUGGCAAUGUGCAAUGCAUAAAAUGUCUCACGAAAAGUUGUUUACACGAUUACGGUUUUUUGUGUUGUUAAUGGCGUUUAUUUCGGUAUCCAGUUUGAAUGUAAAAUGUUUUGCGCACGCAUCCAGUUUGGUUAAACGCAGCACAAGCUCAAACAUUGAAUGUCUGACAAAUGAUCGUUUCUAUCGAGAUCCAAAUCGGCCAAUACAUAAGGUAUGGACUAAUAAUGAGUGUUCUAAGUACUUCCUUUGCCUAGAUGGUGACGUAUUCGAAUUUAAAUGCUCGGAGGGGUUGUUGUUUGAUGUUGUCAGACAAAUUUGUGAUUUUAAGCAGAAUGUGGAUAACUGUGACAUUACAGCAGAAACGCAAAGUCCAAAACCAUUACUUGAAAAAGCUGAUUGUGAAGAUAAAGCACAUUUGGGUUGCGGUGAUGGCACCUGCCUGCCCAAUGAGUACUUUUGUGAUGGAUCCGUCGAUUGUCCGGAUGAAUCGGAUGAGGGCUGGUGCGACAUGACAAAUGAUCCCAAUGCUGCUGAAAUAUGCGACACACGCAGUUGUAAUUUGCCCGACUGCUUUUGCUCCAAAGAUGGAACUGAAAUACCGAGACGAUUAAAUCGAACUGCUAUCCCACAAAUGAUAAUUAUAACCUUUGAUGACGCCAUAAAUUUUGAGAAUUUCGAUCUGUUCAACAAUGUCUUGUUUAAUACAAAGCGACGCAAUCCAAACGGCUGUCCAAUUAAAGGUACAUUCUUUGUUUCACAUCAAUAUACAAAUUAUCAAUUUGUGCAGAAAUUAUGGAAUGAUGGGCAUGAAAUCGCAGUGCACUCAGUAACCCAUCGUGGACCGGAGAUGUGGUGGUCAAAGAAUGCUACCAUUGAGGAUUGGUUCGACGAAAUGGUAGGCCAAGCUAACAUUCUCAAUCGCUUUGCUAAUAUACGAAUGGAAGAUAUAAGAGGCAUACGUGUACCAUUUCUGCGUGUUGGCUGGAAUAAACAAUUUUUAAUGAUGAAAGAGUUUGGUUUUGUUUAUGAUGCCUCAAUGGUAGCCCCAUUUAGUAAUCCCCCCAUUUGGCCUUACACACUCGACUAUAAAAUGUCACAUGCGUGCACAGGUGUAAAUCAAAAUUGUCCAUCACGUAGUUACCGUGGCAUUUGGGAGAUGGUGAUAAACCAACUGGAGGUCGGAGAAUUCACUUGCGGGAUGAUCGACAGCUGUCCAUCACAAUUGAGUGGCGAAGAUGUAUAUCGUAUGCUUACUCAUAACUUCAAGCGUCAUUAUCUAUCCAAUCGGGCACCGUUCGGAUUAUAUUUCCAUGCGACCUGGUUUAAAAAUAAUGAUUAUUUACAAGCCUUCUUGCAUUUUAUGGACGACCUGCAAAAACUGCCCGAUGUAUAUUUCGUUACAAAUCAACAAGCUAUUCAGUGGAUGCGCCAGCCAACAACAAAUUCACAACUACACACACUUGAGGCCUGGGGUUGCAAGAUUCCCCAAUUAGACUCACGUGAAAAAGUUUGCAAUAUAGCAAAUACAUGUAAAUUGCGAAGCCGGGUAUUACAACAAGACCGAUAUCUAUAUACAUGCAAUGAAUGUCCGGCACAAUAUCCUUGGAUUCGUAAUGAAUUCGGUUUAGAGUAAUAGCUUUUUUCUCGC